AUAUUUGUUUGAAGCAUAAUCUGAAAAUAGGGGCAAAAGAGUAAUUAGAGGGAAAGGAAAAGAAAAGAGAAGAGGGUGGUUUCGUUUGACCUAAAUACCCUCUGUUGGUGCUUGGUUGAAGGUAUGGAUUUCCCAUGAGGACCCUCUAAUUCCCAAUCUUCCUCUCUUCUCCUUACCCUUCUUCUCCUAAUUCCGAUUUUCUCCACUUCCCCGCCAUUUUUUCAAAUUCCCGUUUCUACUUUUUUCUCGAUCAACCCCUUUCUGUUUGCCACCUAGGGUUCCGCUUUUUUUCUUCCAAGCUUCAAUCUUUCAGCUGGCGUUCUAUCCGCAAAUUCUCGUUGUCGUUAUAUAUAGUGAUUAAUGUCUUCAAUGUCUAAUCAUGAUUUGAUAAUUGGCCAGAGUCAUAAUUUGGCACUUGGCCAUAACCAGCAACUGGUGCUGAACCACACUCAUAGUUUGGGCCUCAGUGGGAACCAUGAUUUGGACUUGGGACAAACUGAUGAUCAGCAUUUGGGUCUGGGACAACCUCACGAUCAUGAACUGGGCUUAGGAAUUGCCAAUGACCAUGAAUUGGGUUUGGGACUGAACCAUGAUGAUGGAGUUGGUGUUCACAGGUAUGGGCACGAGGAUGAGCUAUCCAUGGAUCAAAAACCAGAGCAUGAUGGCCAUGGGAUGCCCAUUCCCACUCACAAUCAUGAGUUGACCAUAACAGAGAACAAUGAGUUGUCUGUUUCAGAAAAUCAGGAAUUUGAUGAGAACAUAGCAAUGACUAUGGUCCACAACCCAGAAAUGAGUAUUGAAUCUGCUGAAGAAAUGGGUGUUCACGAAUCCCAGCUUAUGGUUGCCACAUCCCCUGUGAUUCAGGCUCGUACAUUAGCCAUAAGUCCUAAUUAUGAAUUGUCAGUGGGACAAGAAUUCCCUGAUGUUAAGAGUUGCCGAAGGGCAUUGAGGGAUACAGCAAUCGCUCUGCAUUUUGAGAUGCAGACUAUAAAAUCUGACAAGACUAGGUUUACUGCUAAAUGUCGAAGCGAGGGAUGUCCCUGGCGCAUUCAUGCGGCAAAACUCCCUGGUGUUCCAACUUUUACUAUUAGGACAAUCCAUGAGCAUCAUACAUGUGGAGGAAUUUCACAUCUUGGCCAUCAACAAGCCUCAGUUCAAUGGGUUGCGACCUCUGUUGAGCAAAGGCUGAGGGAGAACCCUAAUUGCAAGCCAAAGGAGAUAUUGGAAGAGAUUCAUAGGGUUCAUGGCAUCACUUUGUCAUACAAGCAAGCUUGGAGAGGCAAGGAGCGUAUCAUGGCUGCAAUGCGUGGAUCUUUUGAAGAGGGAUACCGCUUGCUUCCACAAUACUGUGAACAGGUGAAACGCACAAAUCCAGGCAGUAUUGCAUCUGUUUAUGGAAAUCCAACUGAUAAUUGCUUCCAACGCCUAUUCAUAUCCUUUCAAGCGUCAAUAUAUGGUUUUUUAAAUGCUUGUCGACCACUUUUGGAGCUUGAUAGAACAUAUUUAAAGAGCAAGUAUCUUGGUACAUUACUUCUAGCCACCGGAUUUGAUGGUGAUGGGGCUCUCUUUCCUCUGGCUUUUGGUGUUGUUGACGAGGAGAAUGAUGAAAAUUGGAUGUGGUUUCUGUCAGAACUUCAUAACCUGAUGGAGACAAACACCGAAAACAUGCCAAGGCUUACAAUUUUGUCCGACAGGCAGAAGGGAAUAGUAGAUGGUGUGGAAGCAAAUUUUCCCACUGCCUUCCAUGGAUUUUGUAUGCGUCACUUGAGUGACAGCUUUCGCAAGGAGUUUAACAACACAAUACUUGUUGAUCUUCUAUGGGAAGCUGCUCAAGUUCUUACCAUACUUGAAUUUGAAGCAAAAGUUUUAGAGAUUGAAGAAAUAUCACAAGAUGCUGCGUACUGGAUUCGAAGAAUUCCACCUCAUCUGUGGGCUACUGCAUACUUUGAGGGGCAAAGCUUCUUUCAUUUUUCAGCAAACAUAGUUGAAUCUUUAAACACAUGGAUAUUAGAGGCAUCUGGGCUUCCAAUAAUUCAAAUGAUGGAAUGCAUAAGAAGACAGCUAAUGACUUGGUUUAACGAGCGGCGAGAGAACAGCAUGCAGUGGACAUCAAUACUUGUACCUUCAGCUGAGAGAGUUGUUACAGAAGCUCUUGAUCGUGCGAGGACACACCAGGUACUUCGUGCCACUGAUGCUGAAUUUGAAGUUAUAUCACAUGAAGGAACAAACACUGUUGAUAUUAGGACCCGUUGUUGUCAAUGUCGUGGGUGGCAGCUCUAUGGUUUGCCUUGUGCACAUGCUGUGGCUGCUCUUCUCUCUAUUAGGCAGAAUGUGCAAAGAUUCACAGAAACCUGUUUUACUGUUGCAAACUACAGAAAGACAUACUCACAGACCAUACACCCAAUUCCUGAUAAAUCUCUGUGGAAGGAGUUGUCGGAGGCUGAGGGGGUUGUCACUGUUUCUGAUGUUGAUCAACUUCAACUUCAACUCACUAUUAACCCUCCUAAAUCACUCAGGCCACCGGGGAGACCCAGAAAGAAACGGGUUCGGGCAGAAGACCGUGGCCGCAUAAAACGGGUUGUGCAUUGCAGUCGUUGCAAUCAAACGGGUCACUUUAGAACUACCUGUGCAGCUCCCAUCUGAAUCUCCUCCUACACCUUAGUUUUUCAUUAUUUAUUAUUUAGGCUUUUUAGCUUAGACCCUCCAAAUUUUCUUUUUUUAUUUCCUUUACAUUAAUGUGAAUUAAUAUGUUUCA